AUGUGCGCGACCGCCGUGGGUCAAUCCGACGACAAAAAGGCCAUGAAGAAGAAACAGAGGCUGUGGAAAAAGUAUUUGCAACUUCGAGAUUCAGUAUCAUUCGCCGAAUAUAAGGAUCAGCGCAAUAAAUGCCGCAAACAAAUACGGAUUGCUAGAACUUCUUUCGAGCGCCGACUGGUAGCAGAAUCCAUUACAUGUCCCAAGAAGUUUUACAAGUACAUCCGUAGUAGGAAAAAACACAGGGACGAAAUUGCGUGUCUUAACGAUAGCCUCGGAAACUUGUUAGUCGAAGGGCCCCAGAAAGUGCAGCUACUGUCUGAGUUUGUUCAGUCAGUUUUUACGGAGGAGUCCUCAGAAGACGAUCAGCAGUUUGAAAUGGACCGAAACAGCCGGGAGCUUCAAAUACGCCAAGAUACUGCCGUCAUUGAAACCGUUGCCUUUUCCGUCGAAGAAGUAAGACGCGUCCUCAGUCAAAUAAAACCAGAUAAGUAUCCUGGACCCGACGGAAUUCCUGAUCUGAUACUUAAGGAGCUAUCAAAGGAGCUAGCGAAGCCUCUUUCAACGCUCUUUGAGCUGUCAAUGAGAACAGGAAGGCUGCCAUCACAGUGGAAGACAGCUAACCUCGUUCCCUUACAUACGGGUGGUAACAGGAUGGCAGCAAGCUGUUUCAGGCCUAUUAGCUUAACCUGCCUCUCGUGCAAAACGAUGGAAGCUCUAGUAAAGAGUGCCAUACAGCAAUUUUGUGAAGAAAAUAACCUCUUGCAGGAUUUUCAGCAUGUGUUCAUCGAUUUUCGCAAAGCCUUCGAUACUGUUGCGCACCAACGCCUUCUUCACAAAUUGAGCGCCAUCGGCAUCCGGGGAGAUCUUCUGAAAUGGAUAGGGGCGUUUCUGGUUGGUCGGAAACAACGUGUUUGCAUCGGUGAGGAUAUGUCAGAAUGGGUGAGCGUGGCCAGUGGUGUGCCUCAAGGCUCAGUUCUGGGACCAGUGCUAUUCAUCCUUUAUGUUAAUGACAGCCUUCAGGAACUCGACUGUGGCAAAAUAAUGUUUGCUGACGACGUUAAGCUCUGGCAAGUCAUUAAGAGUCCUAACGACCAGAGAUACCUCUAA